AAUAAAGAAUAAGUCACUAUAGUGUGGUUCGGUUCGGUCAUCUAGAAAGGUGAAAAUAUGACGAUAUUUUUGUGCUGGUUGUGAAAAAGUGACCAAUUACGUUCAAAUAGUGCCUUAUCUGGGCUAGUCCUAGACUACAAGAAGAAGCAUGAGCUAUCAGAUCACACUGCAGGACUGUAUCAACGAUAAUACGUUCGAUAUAGAUGCCUUUGAACAGGCAAUCCAGCAACAAGUGCCGCAGUACUUCCAAAGCCUGGCAGAGGAAAAUCCCCAAUUCGGCUCGCUAGAUCUGAUUCCGUCUGGAGGAGGAAGAGAGUUUGGCGGCGCAGCGACGGAGUCACGUCGCAAAGAUAAUCAAGAACAACUAAAUAGCGGAAGUGGAAGCGGCACAAACAACAACAGUAGUGAAAAUAGUAUUCUGGUUGAAUUUUUAAAAAUUGAUGAUCAGGAGGACGGAGGUAAUUAUGAAAACAAUAUUCUGAACGAAGAAGGAGAGUCAUCGCAUGCUACUAUCACAAUCGAGGGACCUGACAAUCAAGUGCUGGCACGAUAUCGAUGCAACUAUGGCAGUUGCAAUCGCAGCUACAGUACGGUUGGGAAUCUACGGACUCACAUGAAAACUCAUAGAGGUGAAUACAAAUUCAAAUGUACCGAAGAUGGGUGUUCGAAGGCCUUUCUGACUUCCUAUAGCCAGAAAAUCCAUAUCCGGGUUCACACGAAGAUCAAGCCUUAUAUCUGCGCUGAAGCGAGCUGUAAGAAGGCGUUCAACACCCGGUAUCGAUUGAGGGCACACGAACGUUUACACAAUGGCGAAACGUUCAACUGUGCGUUCUGCUCGAAGUUCUUCACCACGUUGAGUGAUCUCAAGAAACACUCACGCGUGCAUACUCAGGAGAGACCUUACAAAUGCAAGGUAGACAGUUGCGGCAAAGCAUUUACAGCUUCUCAUCAUUUGAAGACUCACAUCCGUACUCAUUCGGGCGAACGACCGUUCUCCUGUUCGGUUUCUGAUUGCCACAAAGCAUUCAGCACGCCACAUAGUCUUAAGUCGCACACGAAAACUCAUGAAAAAUCGAAGAAAAAACUUUCUAAGUCAUCAUUAAAGCAGAGAAAAUUAGCUCAAGCAGCUCUGAAAAUAAACCAAAGCAUAGUUAAGGAAGAAAUAUUACCAAUACCGCUUCUUGAUACCAAUAAUGAAAUACCACUUGAAGAAGUGCUAACCGCAUCGGACCUUGCAGCAGAAGGUCAAGCCCACCAAGAGCCUAUCUUCAAUUUGGUGGACUUCCACGAAUCCAAAGCCUUGGAAAUGGCCCUCGCAUCCGAGGAGGAAUUCAACGCGCCCUGGGUGGACAUUUCCGUGCUGGAAACGAAACCGCUUGCGUUGGAUCCGGUUACAUCGUCCUGCGUCGCUUUACCCACCAGCGUUCCUUCGUACGUAGACUUGCCGUUCAAUGUCAACGUGGCAGACUUUGCCGAUCCGGAACCCACCACAAGUGCUGAUUUGUUCAUGGACGCCUAUUAUGACCCGAACUUGAUGGAGGAAAAUGCCCGCAAGGAAAUCGAUAAGGCCAUUCAAAUAAGUGAACUGAAUGUUGCCAAGCAGGAACAGCGCGGUGCAGCUCAAGAUGCUGCGGAUAACAUUUUGGACGAAUUGUUCCUGGAAGGAUUUCUUCCUGCGGGUGCGGAUCGUCAACCGCAGGAUAGCAACAAUAAUGAUAGCACAGAACCGGCCAAAACCUUAAAGGAUAUUACAGCCGAUGCGGACAUUUGUCGCUGCGUCAAUUGCCAGUGCGACCCAACGCAGGAAUGUAUUGGUGGUUGCGGUCCGGAACGUCCAUGUAAACCUAAAUCAGUUACUAAUCCACCGCAACAGCAUACUCAGGCUUCAGUCUCUCUUCCUCAACCGGGACCGAACGUCAACCUCUAUCAAAGCCAACCUCAGCAGCAGCAGCAGCAGCUGGUAUCAACACUGGGUUCCGCAAAACCCGUCGCUGGGAAAGGCUUCUGCGGCUCUCGCAUGGAAUCUCCCUCGCGGAAUUCAUGUUGCUCCAAAAAAUCCAAUCCAUUGAUGAACACUUCCUCAACCGAACCCGUUGGAGAGCUACUGAGCAAUCUUCUCGGUCAGUCAAACUGCAGUUGUACCAGUGUGUCUGAGGGAGUCUCCACAGGUUGCUGUGUGGUCAUCUGCUUGAAAACUCUGGAAACUCUGAGAAACGUCCUAACGACCCAGUCCAAUCUGAUUCGGUGCCAUAGUGCCACCAGUGCCAUAACAAAUUGAUGGACAUACCAAAGGCGCCAAAAAAUAGUCAACCCUAGUUUAUUAUAUUUUCUAUUGCUUCCGUCAGGGCGUGUUCGAGGAUGUGCUUACGUUGUAGUUAAUAAUUGUCCAAAAGAAUUCAAUUCGAUUAGGCAAAGUCAAGUUCAAAGUUUUUUUUUAGUCUGAUAUUAAUAUAAGCCAGUGAUGUUUACCACCUUUUCAGCGAAUGACUCUCCAAAACUAACAAAUGAAUUAUUGGCAGUGGCUGAUUUUCUACCCGCCGCAGCCACAUCCAGGCGCUAUAGUAUAUGCACAAAAUAGCCAGCAAGAGUUAACCGCCAGAAAUUUGUAUGGCGAAAGACAUCUAACGCUGGUUUUCUCAAAAUUAGGAACUUUUCAUGAAAAACUAUUUGGUACCGGUUAUGAGGGAUGGUAUCCGCUACUACGCCUACCAAAUAUUUUUCCGAUUAAAGUGCCUAAUUUUGAGAAAUCGAACCUUAGAUGCCUUUCGCCAUACUGAUUUCAGAAAGUUAACUCCUAGUGUGCCGCUGUAAGCACGCUCAAAGCAGUCGAUUCAUUGCAACGCGAUUGACGGGCAGGAUUGGUCUUUUAGCAGCUUUUGCAUUUAAAACGUAUUUUGAGGUAAAUGAACUACUUUGGUGCCAAAACAGAAAGCAAUAUUAUACGGUUUGAACCGAACUUAUGUGGCAGCUUACGCUCCCGAUGUGUGAUGCUUAUUUCAUUAGCAAACAGUAUAACAGUGAACAAAUAGUGUACCAACUGUUUAAUUUUAUGUUUACAAUUUAAAAGUUUUCAGGGGAAAUGAAUUGUUUGUGUAUUGUUA